CUUGACUGGAUAACGCGACUGAGUGAAACCAGCACCACCAUUGUUAGAAGCAUUCUUCCUGCACGUAAUACUUGACAGUGUCGACAAAACAACUAUUUAGCUUUAAAUUCUCGGGUUCGUCUGAAAUGCGAUCGCAUUACUGAAAUGUAAACUCUGUGUGACCUUGUGCUUUGCUAUGCUUAUGGCGCUCAUGUAUUUGAUUGAGAGCUUCUUGUUAUGAUUUUGCGAUAGAUCUGUAGAUAAUACUGACUUGCAACGAAUUCCCGGGUGCCUGUGCAAGCGGGAAAAAAUGUAGUACAAGUAGAGUUGCUUUUUUGUUUUGUUUUGCUUUUUUUUUUAACGUGUGUCGUUCGACUAUCAACUGUUACUUCUGCGAGUGCUGUUGUACUUGUGAAGAAAUUUUGCGCCAGCAAAAAGAUACGUUUUGAGCGUGUGAGUUGUGCAAAUAUGUGAUAAGACUACAAACAGAAACGGAUUAAUCUAGCGGCCUUGAACAACAAUUGUUUCUUAACGCGAUGUCCACGUGGUCACCAACCACCUGUUGAACGAUACGUGUGAAUAUAUUAGGGAGACGGCUUUGGAUAUGGAUGGGCCGCGAACGAAUGAACUUUACAAACCAAAACAAGCUAACUUUAUCCACGACUGUCUCGAGCUCUCAGGUGCAAAAUAGAAUGAACAGAUUUGGAUAGAACACGAGGUGACAGGGAGACAAGAUUUGAACAGAUUUCAUCCCCAUGCAUUUUCAGCCUCCUUCAGUAGCGUUAUAGAGAAGAGAGUGUCCAAAUAUAACCCACAAAGACACAAAGAAGUGGUCAAUAAAACUCAAACAUGCUGAAAGAUUAUUAUUUGGAAGAUUUUGAGGUGUUGUCCCAGACAGCUCGUGAGGUGUGGUUAGCAGAGCAGUGCUCAGCCUUUGAAACACAAAUACAGAAAUUGUCACGUGAAAGAGAACAGGACCAUUUUCUUGAGGAGUUCUAUCGCAAGCUGAAACAAGUGACUCGUCGUUGGCAGUCGUGGAAUCAUAAAUCCUUUGGAGGCGUUACUUCCAGGGGGUAUGUGUCUGAGUUGGCCUCUUGGGAAAGGAAUGUACAACUUCGUGGAGUGUUGUUACCUAAGAGCCAAUCAAAUUCGCCUAACUCGAACGUGCUUCAACGAUUUGAUGAACUCUGUAUUCACUUCGAGAAUCUCCUUGAAAGUUUCAAACAAGGUCUCUAUCAGCCACUUUCUGACUUUUUUCAAAACGAAAAAAUACUUUGUCAUCUUAAAAGCGUUCCUAAAGACUUAGAGAAAGUUUUGAAUCAAUGGCAUCUUCUUCUUACCUCUGGUGUUAUCGACGAGAGAUUAUUCAGCCCGACGAGUGCUGAAGGACUUUAUCCUGUAGGAAUACGAAACCGAUUCCACGACUUUGAUCUGGUGUUACGACUUAUUCCUGACCUAACAGAAAAAGCUUAUGAAGCUUUGCGACUCGCCCGUCGGUGGAGGUUGAUUGGAAAAACCUCUGCUGUCCAGCGAGAUGAAACUUAUAUUAUUUCCAGAGAACAGACAGCUAGGCUGCAAAGGCGUCGCAUAUCCAAAAGUUUGAAAAAAGUGAAUACUUUGGAGGAGGAACUAAAGCAGUCUAAGGCACAGUGCCUCUCUCUUGAAGAGGAACUUGAUAAGUCCAAUUCGAAAUACCAGGAAAUUGAGAAAGUGGUCACUGCUUACCGACAGCAAUGCAAUCAGUUGGAGAACGAGCUUGAAGUCGUGAAAAGAAGAUGUGAAUCGCUGAAAGAAAAGUUAGAAAACUCCAAAAAAGAAAGUAGAAGCGCGGGUAAUGAGAUAGAGAGCUCUCAGGAACAUUGCCGUGUCUUACAACAAGAACUGAACGCUGCUAGACUCAAGUAUUGUACACAGAAAGUGAAAUUUAUCAACACCAAGAAACGAUGCGUUCAACUGACAAACCAACUAAAUACAACUCGAGAACAGUUGACGCAACUGGAAUGUGAACUCGAGGCGAGGAAGAAACGGUACCAGGCACUACAAGUUAAACUGGAAAAUUCCAAGAAAAACAUUUUUACACAAGGGAACAUGCUGGACGUACUACAAAACCAGUGUUACAUGCUGAAAGAAGAGUUAGACGGAACAAAAACAAAGUGUUUACAGUUAACAUGCGAACUGGAGAAAUCUCAGGACAGAUGUUCCACUCUGGAAAGAGAUGUGAGCGGGUUAAAAGAGCAGUUCCAAAACUUAGAGAUCGAGCUUAGGAGAGCAAAGACACGAGAAGAACUGUUAGUUCAACAGAACGCUCAGUUAAGGAAGCUCUUUCAAGAUAACGGAUUACAAGAACCCAGCUUGCUGAAAGUCAAUUUACACACACCAGACACAGGCCCCACCUGACUAGCAGUCAGAAGAGGCCGUGAUCAGCUGACAUCAUUCCCAGCUUUACAACUUGAUUCCAUGUCUUUAUAAAGGAGUCAUUCUCUUCAAAGGAGAAUCGAUGCUUAAUGAGUCAAAAGCCGUAAUGGACGAAAUUCUUUUUUACAAAUUCAACCACGACAAAACAAAUCGUCUCCUCUGAUGUAGGCACUCGCAGUCAACUCAUUACCAAUCCUCAGAGGUGUCGCUUGUCUAUGGACACAGCAGAUACUACUAAUCGAAACCCGCUAGUUUUUUUCUUCAACGGGAAAACGAAUUAAAAAUGUUUUUUGUGUAUUUUAUACGGCACCCAAAAUUUGGUCUCCAAAUACAAAAUUAAUAGGGGAGUAAAGAGAGUAUUCAAAAUGUAAAAAAAAAAGAGUUUAAUUGAAUUAACUGCUGAGAUAAACACUCUGUAUGUCUAGAAUUAUUUAGAUAAUAGAUAUCAGAUUAGUUCAUAGAUAAUAUUUAUGGAUUAAGGUUAAACCGAAAUAUUUCAACCGUUUUCAGUCUCUAUUGAUGGGAGCUUAAGAAAUUAAGACAAUCUCGCGAAAAUUAUUUACAGAAAGGUAUUCAUGCAGAACAUGUAUUGGCAAAUAAAAAGAUACUUGGAAGAACAAUAAAGUUAAUGAGGAAAUAA